AUGGGAGCAGUGAGCUGUCGGCAGGGGCAACAUGCCCGGGUGGCUGCUCCUCAAAAGGGUGGCAAUAUCCAGGGACCAUGGACCAGAGGCUGGAAGAACUUUUGGUCAGGUUUGGGGACAACCAGGUCAAGUCUGGAAGAGAUGUGGGGACUACGGGGGCGUCAGUGCCUACCCUGUGAGCCCCUGGAGCCAGCUCCAAUGGUAGUAGAAAAGCCUCUGUCUGAGUGGCCUCUGCCUCAGUUCAUCAACCUCUUUCUGCCAGAAUUUCCCAUUAAGCCCCUUAACAGACAGCAGCAGUUGAAGAUUUUAGGCCUUGUGGCCAAAGGAUCCUUUGGAACUGUCUUCAAGGUGUUGGAUUGUGACCAGAAAGCUGUAUUUGCAGUGAAGGUGGUGUCCAAGAUAAAGGUACUACAAAGGGACACCCUGAGGCAGUGCAAAGAGGAAGUUAGGAUUCAGAGACAGAUCAGCCACCCUUUUGUACACGGUUUGUGGGACAGCUGGCAGGGAAAACGGCACCUCUUCAUAAUGUGCAGCUACUACAGCAGAGAUCUGUACUCCCUCUGGUCCACGGCUGGCUGCUUUGCUGAGGCUUCCCUCUCUCUCUGUGCUGCUGAGCUGGUCUUGGUGCUGUGUUAUCUUCAUGACUUGGGCAUCAUCCAUCGAGAUGUGAAGAUGGAGAAUAUCCUUCUGGAUGAACGAGGACAUCUGAAACUGACAGACUUUGGUCUGUCCCGCCACCUGCCCCAGGGAGCCCAAGCAUAUACUAUCUGUGGCACUCUGCAAUACAUGGCCCCAGAGGUCCUGAGUGGAGGGCCUUACAACCAUUCUGCUGAUUGGUGGUCCCUGGGUAUCUUGCUUUUCUCUCUGGCAACUGGAAAGUUCCCAGUGACUGCAGAGAGAGAUCAUCUGGUCAUGUUGGCAAGUGUGACUCACUGUGACUAUGAGAUCCCUGCCUUUCUUAACCAAGGGCUCACACUCCUCCUCCAUGAGCUCUUAUGUCAGAACCCCUUCCACCGUCCACGCUAUCUGCAUCAUUUCCAGGUCCACCCUUUCUUUCGGGGUGUGACCUUUGACCCAGAGCUCCUACAGAAGCAUCCAAUGAACUUUGUCACAGAGCCACAAACUACCCAGCCCAGUCCACUGGAGUCCAUGCCCUUCAAGGACUUUGACUGUGACCUGGAAUCCUUCCUGGUUCACCCCAGCUUAAGCUGGGGCACAGCUGGGAACCUGAGGAUCUCCUCUACUGCCAACUCAGUGUAA